AUGAACAUCUCAUUCACAUACACUGGUCUCCAAAAGCUGGGUCUUGACGUGGAUAAAUCACCGAGUCCUGCAGGAUCCGGACUCGAUAUUCUGAAGAAGGGCCAAUUGGCUGAUGCUGCAGACCUAGGGGACCCGUUAGAUAACGCCACGAAUCUGCCAUCGCAGUGGAUAGACGAGUUCAAGAAUGACCAUAACCAAAUCCAUGGAACUCUGCUUAUUGCCUGUGAAUCUGGGGAGACGGCUGAGAAGUGUAAAGAAAACUUGAAAGAUUUGCUUGGAGAGCACAUCAAGAUUGUUUAUGAAUUCCAAGGAGAUGUUCGUGCAGAUGAGCAAACAAAGGAACGUCAUAGUCUCAAGGACCAUGAGCAUUUCGGUUGGAAGGAUGGAAUAUCUAAUCCGUGGCUGAAGGACGUAUUUUGCAAAUGUCGGCGGAUUCCUGGACAAUCAGCCAUAGAUCCAGAGAUUAUACUUCUCCGGAAAGGCCCCGAGUGGGCAAAGAACGGGAGCUACUUGGUGUUCAGAAAGCUCGCUCAACUCGUUCCAGAGUUCAAAAGCUUCUUGAAAGAGAAUCCCGUUAAAUCUUUUGGGGGUCGUACAUUGUCACCUGAAGAAGGAGCCGAUCUAAGAGGAGCCCAAUUUGUUGGACGUUGGCCAAUGGGGACCCCGCUGGAGACACCCGACAGUGAGGUUAAGGAGAAGCCUGAUGUGGCAAGCGAUCCGAUGAGAAACAACGACUUCCUAUUUAAAGCCCAGGAUCAAUCUAAAUGCCCGUUCUCGGCUCAUAUACGCAAGAUGAACCCGCGCGAAGAUGAAGACGCCAUGAAGCACAAUGGCUUUGGAAAAAAUUUUCUGGUCAGGCAAGGAAUUGCCUAUGGGAAAGAGGUCACGGACAAGGAGAACCUGACCGGAAUAACGGAGCUAGAUCGCGGCUUGGCCUUUGUGUCUUAUCAGUCUAAUAUCCAUGAAGGUUUCAGGUUCCAACAGACGAUGUGGGCAAAUAAUGCCCACUUUCCAAUGACGGCAGGGGUUGAAACAGGGCUUGAUCCUUUGAUCGGACAACUUACACCAACAAGAGCCCUCGCGAAAACGUUCUCAACAAAAGCUCCAAACAAGGAUUCCAUUGGUCUAAAGCAAUUCGUGAAGCCACUAGGAGGUGUAUAUUGCUUCGUGCCAUCGAUAACGACUCUGAAACAAAUUGCUGGAAUGAAGAAGUAA